AGCCUGCCGGUACCAGUGUGCGAUUUGGCAUGCAAUAGUUUAUCAGCCUAGAGCCUCGUCACGAGGUCCUCUGGUAGAACUGAAGCGUGUCAGGCAGAACGUAAGACGACGAGGCGUCAAGAACUGACCCGUCGACAUUCGUUGAUGUUCCCGAUCUAUGUUACGUCAUUCUACGUCAACGCGAUGUAAACCAGGGAGAAUGCAGCGUUAUGGCGGCCCACAGAAGACUGUUGAAAACAUGCGUACGUCUCUAAAGAUCGCCGUGAAGCUGUAAAAGCCCAGUAGGGAGAGUUAGCCACUCACGGACUGGCCCCGUGUCUCUUGUACAGAGCGGAAGUCAUCAGCAGGCACAAUCAUGGCGAUGAGACUAGGGAGCCAGGUGACUUUCGAGAUAGACGACAAACCUUUCAAUGAGAAAGACGAAAAGUCAAAACCCCUCAGCGAUCAUCACGAGUUUACUCCUCCAGAAGGAGGAUGGGGCUGGGUUGUGUGCAUGACUUCCAUGUUCGCCAAUGGAACUGUGUUUGGGAUCAUCAACACGUUUGGGAUUCUCUACGUUCCCAUCCGGGAACGCUACGCGGGCCAAGACGAUGAUGUCUCCUUUAAAAGCGCCUGGGUAGGGUCUGUCUGUACCGGCCUCACAUUCUUCCUUUCCACGGCAGCUUCUAUUCUCACAGAUCAAGUGGGCAUCCGGAAAGUGUCCUUCUUCGGAGCUCUCCUCAGCUCGGUGGGUCUCGUGGCCAGUGCCUUUGUAGAACAGUUGGAGCUCCUGUACUUGACGUUCGGUGUCCUCCUCGGUGUCGGGGGAUCACUCGUGUAUGGGCCUUCGCUUACGAUAUUGGGGCAUUACUUUAAAAAGCGUAUUGGUCUGGUCAACGGCAUCGUGUCCAGCGGAAGUGCCGUAUUAACCAUAUGUCUAUCCUUGCUUCUGCCUCAGUUACUGCUCUCCAUUGGUCUCAAGUACACUUUCAUAUUUCUGGGCGGUCUGAAUUUUGUAUUAAUGUGGAUGACGCUAACAUGGCGACCUCAAAUUCACAAGGAAUCGAACCUCGCCCACAUGGCACUGUCUACAGAGAGUAUCGCCCUAAGGAUGAAUGAAUGCUAUACGUUUACCAAAAAGUAUCUAAACUUUAAAAUAUGGCGCAAUAAGAAAUACGUCAUCUGGGUUCUAUCUACCGGCGUAGCUCUGUUCGGAUACUUUGUUCCCUUUGUUCAUCUGGUAAAACAUACCCGAGAUGUCUUUCCAGAAAGUAACGGGAACCUGUUGGUAAUGUGCCUGAGUAUUACGUCUGGGGUAGGACGACUGGUCUGUGGUAAAGUCGCCGACUUUAGCAGGGUGAACACUGUGUUGUUACAGCAAACUGCCUUUGUCAUCCUCGGCGCCACCACAAUGUGUAUUCCGUUCGCGAAUAACUUCGCCAGCCUCAUCGCCAUUUGCUUGAUCAUGGGCAUUUGUGACGGUAUAUUUGUUUGUCUGCUCGGACCAAUAGCCUUUGACAUCGUUGGACAUUCGAAUGCCUCCCAAGCUAUCGGGUUUCUCCUGGGCGUGAUUUCUGUGCCUAUGAUGGUUGGACCUCCUGUCGCAGGCCUUCUUUAUGAUUCCUUGGGGUCGUACAAAAUAGCUUUCCACGUGGCUGGCACUCCGCCAAUAGUCGGCGCCUUACUUAUGUUUCUCAUGCGGAGGGUGUCCUCGGAAAAGCAAUCACGCCUUCGGGUAGGCGAAGACCUGGAUCUCCCUGAUGAUGUGGAUGUCACUAAAGAGAUGAUUGAAUUUGAAGUUGUUGGAGUAGAGAAAUACGAUGACCUCUCACCCAUGACUCAAACGUCUCGUGAGAAGGAGAAUGGUACGCUCAAGGAUGAUGGACUCUCCCUCAGGGAUGGCGAGAAAAAUACAGAAAAAAUCAUCAAUGAAAACUAUGUGCCAGAAAAAUGUUAAAUUGCUCAUGUAAAAUGUGCAGUAGGCAUCUUGUGAUAGUAAGGCUGAAGAAGACGUGCUUAAAUGUUGUGGGGAACGGGUGAGAGGCUUGUGUUCCGGGAUUAGGGGACGAUUUGCGCUCCCCAAUGUGGUACAUUCAGAUGUACAGGCGAGUGGCAAAUGCAUAAACUUGGUGUUAGUUUUAAACGCUUAUUUUCGUUGGAUGUUUUGUUGUUGUUUCUCAGGUUCCAGAUUCCAAGUAUUUGGCAUCAAAGUUCGCGCCUAACUCAACGCCAAAUGAAUCGCUAGAUACAUUCACAUGACAAUACAUAAAUGUAUGUAACUGAUGUUGAAUGGCGCCAUUACCCUUCCAUAUGUUGGUAUUACGAGUGCCAGCCGUUACGUUUUAGCUCGUGUGCUCCUCAUCACUGGCUGCCCAGACAGUCAUCGUUAGUGUUCUGACGCAGAUGUUGUGUUAAAUACUCACGGAUUCAUUCAUUGUGUGAAUGAUUCAUUGUUAACGUUAAAGUUAUACUAAUAUUCACGUUUUUUUUUUUGUUUUUGUUGAGUUGUACAUGUAAUUAAGAUGAAACCUUUAUGUAAAGAAAGGGACAUUUUACUAUUUAGAGGAUCGAAAGUGCAAAUAUUUGGGUUUGUUACCAUUUAUAUUAUGUAAUAUACGCCUUCGCCAUUAAUCAGACCAUUUUCAUAUACGCUGCAUUUAUCCACAUAUAUAAGUGUGGUAAGUCUUUUUGAGUACACGUGCACAGGUCAGUUGAUGUACAAAUGUACUUACUGGUCUGCAAAUCAUAUCACCUACGCAAAUGCCAUUUGUUGAGUAGGCUAUUUCUUUAUGUAUAACCGGACCUGUGUGAAAUUCUACCCACCGAAAUCAUGACUUAUCACAACGAAGCCCCUCAGAUAUAUUUCGCACCGGAUACAACUUCUGAAGGCUGACAAGUUGGCGAAAGGUGACCAAUCAGAGGUUGCUUGUGGAACGGGCUUGAUUCCUAUCUCUUCCAGCCUUCAGGUACAUAGAGAUCUGUUUCAGCCUAAAGUACGGUACUUCGUUUCCAAGCACAAAAUCUGUUUCCACCGAAAGUAUUUCGUUUCUAAGAACGAAGACUUGUUUCCACCGAAAGUACUUUGAUUGCAAACUGAGUACAGGAAAAGAGUAGAUAUUCGUUUCUGUGUCAAUAAAAGGUCGAUUUUUCCCCUAAAAUCUCCAGUAUACUCUUUUUAAAAAUCCUUCGGAGGCUUAAAAAUCCUUCGAAGGCUUAAAAAUCAAAAGUAUCAGUAGUAAUAUACUUGUAUAUACAUUUGUAAUUUUUAAAUAAAGUCUGCAUGUACAAUGACCUGCGUAUAUACAGUCGACAUUUGAUCGAUAACAUUCAUUGGUUAUAUAGAGACAAACACGCCGCAAGAAUCUGUGAUGAUAGUGUAUAUGUAUACCCUUUGUAUAUAAGAUAUAUAUUGAAUAAAGAUAUUCUAUGUUAA